AUGCAAGAAAAUACGAAGUCGAAACAAUGUAAAAAAUUCUCAUUCCAAGAGCAGUUUAUUCUUCAAAUAUCCGCACGUAUGUUUGCAAAAGUAUACUUGCACUACUAUCGCACGGAGGAUUUGAAUUGAAUUGAAAAGUAGAUAGAAAUGAAACGUUUUAACAAGCUUUAACAAAUUUUCCUGGUCAAUUCCGAGUGAGCGACAAUUUCGGUAAAUGUGCAAAUUGAUAAUACAGCAGAAGGAUUAUGGCCGUAUGAACACGAACCGCGGGGACCCAUUAGGAUUACGCUUAUGGCUAACGUUUACAUCUUCCGUCCAUCUGGACAGAUACUCUGCACCCAUUGUUUGAUCCUUGCCGAGAGGUUUGUACAUAGAUUAGGGCAACGAGUUCCUCAAUGGAGGGGAUAUGAAGGAAACGACUGCCGCAAUUAUAUUUACAAUGCAGUUACACUCUACAGCGGACGAAGAGAUAAGAUUUUAGAAGACCUUGGGUCGCGAAGACCUGACAAUUCGUCGAACGUGGAAACAUCAAAUCUGAGAAAAUGA